UCGCUGUGGUUGCGUAACCUGCGUUUGCCCGUUGCGCCACCGAUUUCUCCCUGAAAAAGGCAGUCGCCAAAGCUUCUCUUUCUCUCUCUUUCUCUCUUUCUCUUUCUCUCUCUCUCUGUCUGUCUAAAACCCUAAAAUAGCAUUUUGAUCUUCCCAAACGUGAUCACCCAAAUGCAAUCUAUUUACAUUUCAAUCCGUUUCUCUUUCCAUCUCCCUCUCUUUCUUCCCCUCUGAGUUAAAGAGAGCGCUUCUGGAAUGGUUUAGGUUUUCUUCCUCCCUUCUUUCUGGGCAUGGCAUUGUCUCAUUUGAUGCUGAGCUGCUCGGCGUGUUGUUAUCGGAUCGGUAUUCCCGAGGAGCAGAAGAAUUCGGCCGCCAGCAUCCGUUUCGUCGUCGGUAAUCCUCUCGCGGAUGUUGGAACUGGCAAUGCACGGGCUUUGGGUGGGCUUUUACCGAUCGGAUUGCGGAGGAAGCAGCGGGUGGUCAUUGGACGCGGGAGGUUGAAAGUGACUGAGUCGCAGACUGUCGAGAGUGGGCAGAUACGCACUGGUGUGGAGAUUCCUGUUACUUGCCAUCAGAUUGUAGGUGUUCCUAAUCAUGCAGAGAAAGAUGAAAUUGUUAAGUCAGUGAUGGACCUGAAAGGCACAGAGAUUGAAGAAGGGUACACCUUGGACGUCGUUGUGUCCCGCCAGGAUGUUUUGAUGGAUGUGAGAGAUAAGCUUCUUUUCGAACCAGAGUAUGCUGGUAAUGCAAGGGAAAAGAUUCCACCGAAAUCCCCCCUCCGCAUUCCAUGGGCUUGGCUGCCUGGUGCUCUGUGCCUACUGCAAGAGGUUGGAGAAGAGAGACUGGUGCUAGAAAUUGGCCGAGCAGCUCUACAGCACCCAGAUUCAAAGCCAUAUACUCAUGAUUUGGUUCUUUCUAUGGCGCUGGCUGAGUGUUCAAUUGCAAAGACCGGUUUUGAGAAAAACAAAGUAUCCCAAGGAUUUGAGGCCCUUGCUCGGGCUCAGUAUCUACUCCGGACUAAAAGUUCUUUAGGGAAAAUGCCAUUGUUAGCACAGAUUGAAGAAUCCUUGGAGGAGCUUGCACCUGCUUGCACAUUGGAGCUGCUAAACAUGCCUAACACGCCUGAAAAUUCUGAACGGAGACGGGGUGCAAUGGCGGCCUUGCGUGAAUUGCUCAGGCAGGGCCUUGAAGUUGAAACUUCCUGCCGAGUUCAGGAUUGGCCAUGCUUCUUGAGCCAGUCACUUAAUAAGCUGAUGGCUACUGAAAUAGUAGAUCUUCUUCAUUGGGAUGAAUUGGCUGUUACUCGUAAGAACAAGAAAUCACUUGAGUCCCAGAACCAAAGGGUUGUUAUUGAUUUCAAUUGUUUCUACAUGGCAGUGAUAGCCCAUAUUGGUCAUGGAUUUUCAAGCAGACAAACAGAUCUGAUCAAUAAAGCAAAAACUAUUUGUGAGUGUUUGGUAGCAUCUGAAGGGAUUGAUUUGAAAUUUGAGGAAGCUCUUUGCUCACUCCUUCUCGGGCAGGGUGGUGAGGCUGAGGCUGCUGAAAGGCUUCGGCAGCUUGAGACUAAUGGUACUCGGGCUUCAAGGAGUUUUGAAACAACAGUUUCAGACAAAGUAGUCAAAGAUAGUGCCAGCAUAAGACAAUCAUUGGAAAUAUGGCUGAAGGAUACAGUGCUUGGUGUCUUUCCAGACACACGGGAUUGCUCUCCAUCUUUGGCCAACUUCUUCGGUGGGGAAAAAAGGAUUAUCAAUGGCGGCAAGCAAAAGAAAGGAACCACACCAACCAUUCCAGGCAUGAGCAAUAGAUCAUUGUCUUUUGUUUUUUCACCUGACCCUAGAACUUCUGAGGAACCUCUUCUGCAUAUGAAUUCUACACGACAUCUAGGAUCUGCUGUAAAGCAACUGGCUCCAGCUAACUUGCAGAGCCAAUUGACGGUGGGAAAGAGUAGUGGUGGUAAUACUGCUCCGCCUAUUCAACUGAAGAGAAACCUGGGAACACAUCAGAAGAAAAUCUUUGAAAGUUGGUGGGCCACACAUGAUAUUAUUGGGAGGAUCACUCUAGUCACUGUAGUGGGAUGCUUUGUUUUCACUACAUGUAAGCUAUUGUGCAUGCAGUUUGGACUGAUGAGAAGCCCAUCCAAAUGGCAUUCCUCUAAGCCAGAGAUGAAGACCAACACUCUUUCUUGGACCACGGAGUGUUCACCACAUUACAAAACUGGUCCUGCUUGUAUUAACAGCAGGAAUGGUAUAGUUGGAAGGCUUGGGGAGCUGUUGGUAAUGUUUAAGAAGCAGCUCAAGCAUCCGCCUGAUGCAGGAACUAUUGAAAAUCCAUGGCCUGCUGAUGAUCUUUCGUCUUUCGCUAAGGCAGCUGCUGUUGCUGGUAACGCGUUGCGGAAGAGAGAUAUGCCACUGGAGGAAGCUGAAGCGUUGGUGAAGCAAUGGCAAGCCAUCAAAGCUGAGGUUCUCGGACCUAAUCAUCAAAUUCAUAUCCUUCCUGAGGUCCUUGCAGAAACGAUGCUUGCUCAGUGGCAAAGUCUAGCGGACUCUGCGAAGUCCAGGUCAUGCUAUUGGAGGUUUGUUCUACUGAGAUUGUCCAUCAUGCGGGCUGAGAUUAUAUCAGAUGGGAUUGGUAGAGAGAUGGCAGAAGUUGAGGCUGUCCUGGAGGAAGCUGCAGAGCUUGUGGAUGAAUCUCAGCCAAAGAACCCAAAUUACUAUAGCACAUAUAAAACCCAGUAUUUUCUAAAAAGACAAUUUGAUGGUUCAUGGAGAUUUUGUGGAGGUGGUAUUCAAACUCCAGCUUGAGAAAUCUCCCUCAAUAUGCAGACAUAGAUUGGCUGUAUCCUGCAAACAAUUCCUCUCUGUUUCUUAGAGAAUGAAGCUGAUAUCAUUGGCCAUUGAUUAUGAGGACCGGGGAGUAAGAUCUUGAGAGCCAUCUGAGAAGAAAUGGGUUGCACAUUACCAUCCGCUGAUCUGUACAUUAGUACUUAGGCAAUGUUUUAGCUUUGACUUCUUCAGGUCUUGGUUCGUCUAGUCAUCGAAGCUGCUCUCAAGGUAUCUGCUGGCGGUCAAAGCGAUAUAAUUACUCAAUGUGUUUGAAGCAACUUCAGCAUUCUUGUGUUCUUUCCUAUCUACCAAUACCACAUCUAACCAAUCUUGUGACUUCUGCUUCCUUCGAUCAAUGCUCCGAUGGUGUUCAUAUCCACUUCUAGUUUUAACACUGUAUAUUUUUCAUUACUGUAAUUCACAAUUUAAUCUGAAAGGUAUGUGCCAUUUUUUUCCCCUUCAUUAUAUUUGCAUGUUGACUGAAAUCUUUGGUCAGAAAAUGUAGUUGUUGAUGAUAUUA